GUACCGAGGACGCAUUGGACCUUUCACAUCGGCGCGGGGAUCCCAUGUAACAUAUCCCACAACAUAGGAUCGGAUGUCUCCGACCAGAAAUGGGCUGGCGGAGAGUUGACGACGACGUGGUGGUGUCGUUCGCUCUGGUGGGUACGACCGACAUUCACGUUCUCCAUUUCCGUCUCGUCAUCCGACGGUAUCUCCGGAUAAUCUCCCAGAGACAGCGCAGCCUCAUCGGGCUUCUCCUCAUGCGAUUACCGUGGUCACCGACCUCCGUUGCCAGCUCCGGGAUUGCCCCGGUGUCUUUGGCAUCGAGCGCGGACACCUCGUUCAACGGCUGCCCAUCUUCCACAAAAGCGCCCGAUAUUUCGAUGGACAGCUCUGGCUCAGUCGUCGCAGCGACAGCACGCUGCGCCCCCUCGAAGAGAUCAACAAAGUUCCUCCUCUUCCUCCUGAAACACUUCCUCUUCUUCAGCCGCUUGAUCGGGAUACGCGGCGACGAUGGGAAGAGGUGCUUGCUCCCCCACCGCUCCUCUGGAAGGUGCGAGAGCAAGGGCCGCGCGAGUUCGUGUUCGUAUUCGACGAUCUCGUUUUUGUUUGACCAUGCGCUGUAUUAUACAGUCAUCCACGUGAGCAAACAGCUCAAGCUUCGGUGGCGAAGACAUCCAACACGUACCGGCUCGUCAUGCCCAUGAUACACAGUUCGUGCCACAAGGACAUGUUCUGCCUCCGAUCCAAGAUCACCUCGGGCAGCCUCCGGUUGAUCAGCGAGUUCUGGGACUCUGCAUAGAGUUCGGGGUCUACCCCGAAGAGCCAUUGCAGGUCUAGGUCGGGAAUAACCCGCCACCCGCCAUCUUCCUCUUGGUCGUCCUCAUUUUCGUCGUCCUCUUCAUCGUCCUCUUCGUCAUCCGAGUCAUCGAAGAAGGUGCUAUCACCAU